GUGAGCAACUGGGACGUGAGUGCUCGCUCGUUCGGAUGCAGCGCUGUUUGUCCUAUUUAACAACUUUGACAUUUUUUUUAAAUCUGUGAUUGCAACAUAAGGCUGUUAAAAGUCUGAAGGAUAUUUGCAACAUAUAUCAAGCUGAGCCCGUGCUCUGUUAAUAUUUACUCAAGAGACUAUUGUUUGGAGCGUUAUUGUUUUGAACUUGGUCCAUUGUUGUUGCCUGAGAGGAGCUCCACUUGGCAUUGGGGCUCCUGGGAUCCAAAAGAAGGGACCACAAAGUGGUCAGUUUACAUAUACUUUAGGCUGGAGACGGAUGAAUUCGAAUUCUUCAUAAGAAUUAAAAUAGCCAUGUGUCCUUGUUUCUUGGAGGAGUUUUCAUCCUGACCAUUGUCCUGGAUCUACAUUUUGUGAAAAGGACGUCCUACAUCUUGGUGACAAAAGACUUAGAUUUUGUUUGACUGUAUUUGAGAACAUCAUCAUGCCUAUUCUGAAGCAGCUUGUGUCCACGUCAUCACAGUCGAAGCGGCGAUCUCGGGCUGACCUCACUCCAGAGAUGAUCAGUGCGCCUCUGGGAGAUUUCCGGCACACUAUGCACGUGGGUCGAGGAGGGGAUGCAUUUGGGGACACCUCUUUUCUGAGCACACGCUCUGGGGAGCCGCCACGGGAACCUGAGGUGCAACAGCACUCACCUAAACAGAGCCUCCUGUCCCGUACGUUCAGAAGCAGUAAGCGCUCCCAGUCUGUCAGUCGCGACAAGCCUGACAAUGCCAAACUGGUACCUCCUGGUAGCUCACCAAGUUACGUAAAGAAUGCAAUCUCACUGCCUUAUUUGAACGACUAUGACGCAGGACAAGGCCGAAUCCACCUUCCCAAGAGCGUGUCCUCGAGUCCUUUAAAGAACUUUCCGGAAGCCGGUGGAAAGCCGCUUAACAGAGCUGUGGCGCACACUGCAUCAGACUUGGAGCUUGAGGAGCGGAAUUUCGGUGAGCUGACUGACUUGCGUCCAUCGGUUCCAUACACCGGAGGCAUGAAACACGCCGAGUCCAUCAUGUCCUUCCAUGUCGAUCUUGGGCCCUCCAUGUUGGGGGACAUCCUGAGCGUGAUGGACAAGAAAGGCUGGGACGAUGACGAUCUCGGAUUUGAAGAGGGAAAAAGUAGCGAGGGAUGCAGUUCGCCACCCCAGAGCCCUCCCAACGAGGUUGAGGAAGAGGAGACCCUUCCUCCAAUCCGACCUCCACGGCAGAGGCUCAGCACCAACCCUUACACUCCAGAGCUCCAUACCAGAAAUCAUCAGCACCUGGACAGCUGUUCCGUCUCCAGUUCAGGCUCCACUGUCCUUGAAGAAAAGCCCCACAACCAAUUUGACGGGAACAUGGACAACAUCAAGUACAGCUCACCCAGAGUGCACGAUGACAGGGACUUCACCUACAUGGAUGAUGAUGAUGAUGAGAUUAGGGUGUAAAGUAAACCUCCCGGUGCCAGAAUGUUUUUUGUAAGGACAGAAAAAAGGGGUGGAGGUGGGUUAUGCUCAAUUGGUGGAUGUUCAGGCUAGCACACAGACAAUGACUGUUUAUAGUGUAGAGAUAAAAGGGAAAACGUGUGUUUUAGCCCUAGCUAGCCUACAAUUCUCAGUAUGCUUUUUUUCACUACAAAUCCUAGUUCAGGUAUGCAAACUCUCUCUGUUACUAGAGACUUUCUCCAGAGCGGCCACUCUUGUGAGAAGAAUGUGCUUGCAUAUUUGUGUGAUUGAGUUUGCCAUGGGUAGGUAAUUCUAUUUCAGAAUGGUAAUUUACAGUCCCGUGAGUAUCAUUAAUGAAUUCCAGUGUUGACCACUGAGAGUGCUGAUACAAAUGUUUUUUGUUGAACCAAACUUCAUAUACUUCCAUGUUCACUGGAUUUGAUGAUGACGCAGUACUUGGAUAAAACUUGCCUAUGCCUUCCAAAUGCUUCCAAACUAACACCCAACAGUCUUAAGAUUCCUGUUUUUUUCUUUUUUUUUUUUAUACAAUUUUUGUCCUCAAUGAUUCCAUCAUAAAGUCUUGUACAUAAAACCAAAAUGAUGUAAAGGAUUAUAGGGAUAGUUAACCUAAAAAUGAACUUCUCAACCUCACAUCAUUCCAAACCCGUUUGACUUUCUUUCUUAUGCUGAAUUUAAAAGAAGUUUUAAAUAAUAUCUCAGUUUGUCUUUCUAAUACUGGCAGAAGUUAGUGCCUCAUUUUAAAGCUUAAACAGGGCACCAAAACCCAUUGUAUGCUUCAGAAGACUUGGAAUAUCAUGAACGAGUCGCAUGGAGUACUUUGAUUAUAGUUUUGGGUCCUUUUUAAGCUUUAAAGUGAGACACUAUCUCCUGCCAUUUUACUGAAAAGAUGGACCGUGAUAUUCAUUAAAACAUCUUCUUUUGGGUUCUGCAGAAAGAAAGUAAUUGUAUUAAAAUGAUAUGAGGAUGAUCAAAUGAUGACUUAAAUGAUUUCGAAGUCCAAUAUGGAGGUUCAGUAGAACACUUAGUGUGGCCAUAUCUACACUAAUCAAUUUAAGUUUUAAACCUCCACUUUCAAUUUUCUAAUCAUUUCCAAAGUUUGUGGUUAUGGAGGGCGUUUUUGAAAGUCUUCACUGGAGAAAAACACCAUUCUAGUGCGUAUGAGCAAAAAUAAAUGGCGUAAAUGUAGCAAAAUCAUUGCAUUUUUAAACGAAAACAGAUUAGUGUGGAUGUGGCCUUAAUCUCUGGCAUAUGUUACUUUUUUAUGUUGGGAGUUGUUUAUUUUGUAGAUCUGGACUUUGUCAUGUGCUUUGUGCAUGUUAAAGGAUUUCUUGUCAGGUCACAUGAAAUUCUCAAUCAUGUAGACGUGUAGAGGUUCAGAUUGAUAAGAGAAAGAGAAACCGAAAGCACUGUGACGUUGCAUUACUUGACAGCAGCAGUCUGCGGUUGAGUGGCUGGUGUUGAACCAAUGACUUGUUGUCAGCUUUUUCUUUGAGUGUGAAUUAAAAAGAUUGAUGUCAAGAGGGCUAUGCAGAAGUAUAUUUUUCAUUAGUGUCAUAUAGGAUCAGAUAGAAAAAGAUGAGACAUCUCUUAUAUUCAGGGUCUAGAAUAUUGCCUAGAACUUCAAACAGUGCUCAUCAGCUCUGAGGGGUUUUCAUCUCUGAAUCUUGUAAUUAUUUCUAUGUAUUCCUGCAUUUAGGUUUUAAAGAGAGAUCAACACCCUCUGAUGCGACUUUACAUGUAAAACCAGUAGCCACUUAGAGAGUUAGUGCUUUGAUUUUUUGCAUCAGUUAUACUUAGACAAAAAUGCAAUUUCUUAAUAUUUACUCCUUUUGGAAGUCUUAAAGAAUUUAAAAGAAUAAACAUGUUUUUCUGUGAAGGUGAAGAUGAAUGUCUAAUUUCUGCACCACCAGUGGCACCUAAUGGAAUUGCAUUAGGUACGCUUGGAAAACGCUUCAACUUCAAAGGUCCUCUAUAAUGAGACCUUUAUAAAUUACCAAGAAAAAUAGAGGCUAACAGUAACCUAGUUUGCCAUAAUACUGACAAGAUACAGUAGCACUCCAAUAGACUCCAAUUUACCAUGAAAAUCAUCAAACAAUCCAUAUCAACAGUUGUUCAGGUGUUUUUCAAUCACACAAAAUCCUUUCAAGUUACUUACAGUUUUGGAGAGAUUAUUUAAAAGUUUUCCAUUUUUGAUAUAUGUACAUUAUGUUUAGUUAUUCAUUUACUGUACAUUUGCUAUUUUUUAUUAAUGUUAUAGUUUAGUGAACUGUGUCGGCCCUGUAAUCUGACAUUACAAACACACUAAGAACUGCGGAGACCAGCAUUUUCUAGAAUUAUUUGUAUUCCUACACUUCUGGUUUCUAUAGUACAGGACUAUUGCACAGAUAUAGACAUCAGUUUGCAUUUUCAGUCAACUCUCAUUGGUGUUUUACCUUAGCAUGGUGGUCUCAGUUAAGUUUUGCACCACCUUUAGCUCUCAAAGAUUAGAACUAAUCCUCCACUUCCUUUCAUAUCUCAUCUGUGUCAGUGUUUUUCAUUGGUGUGUGAAAAAAGCAUGACACUCUGUACAGAAAUACCAGUGAAGUAUGAUUGAGAAGAAAAAAAUCAAGAUGAUGAUUGAAAUGCUGACUUCCUGUUUCUUACUGUGAUUUCAAGUUGGGUAUAGUAUAGUUUGGAAAAGGGCUUUGCCAAUGGGGUAUAAGGAACUCGUGCUGCCUUAUAUUUGGCUGAAAUGCUGCAUUGUCGUUUUGUCUGCUAGCACAAACAGGGAUCUGCAAAUGUACCAAUUUCUUAAGUUUCUAUAAUGGGUUAAGGAAGCAGUCUCGGAGAUAUCAUGCUGCAUGCAAAGCUUUUGAAGAAGGCCAUAUGUCUGGAACUGAAUUUAUGAGAUUGAAAAUGAGCUGGAAUGCUGGACUACAGCAGGGUUUUGAGAGCACUGUGGCUCCAUCUACAGCUUUUUUGAAUAGUAGUUUUCUUUCAGGCCAUUAAUAGUACCCAAGUCAAUGCAUACAGGGACGUUUAUAUAUGAUGAUAUGGGGGUUUCUAUUGCUUCUUUGCCUGAUUAUUGUAGGACCACAGUAGUACAAUAAUUUAUAACACUAAAUCUUUAGAUAACAUGAAAAAAUAGAACACCAGUUAGCUCCUACAGAAAAUGGUUGACAAAACACUAAAGCUGUAAUUAACUAAAUAAAAGUAUCUCUUUAAUUUCUAAGUAUUUUCUGUUUUUCUUUUGACACUUUGUCUUUAUUAUUCUGUAUUGAUAUAAUAUAUACAGUGUAUACAAUGGCCUUGCUUUAGUUCCACCUGCAAAAUAACAGUUACUGUAUAUUUUUCAAUAAAAGUGAAAGCUGUUAAACUUCA